AUGUACCGCGCAGCAGCACCACGGCUAGCAGCAGCCCUCCGCGGCGCCCGCGCCGUGCCCGCAACACGCUUCUACGCCACCAAGGGCGCCGCCCCCCCUCCCCCGCCAAAACUCUCCUUCACCGAGCGCCUCCGCAACAAACUCUGGCGGCCUGGCGCGGCGCCCCAGCCCCAAGAGGCCGACGAGCAGCUCGCUGCCCCCGCUACCCCAGCCGUCCAGAAGCCCUCCGACAUCCCCGGCUACGUCGAAGCGCUCGAUGCCCGUGGUCUCGCUGUCGUCGGGUUGGACCCGGCGCUGGAGGAGUGGGAUGUGCCUGUCUUCAUCACAAACACAAAAUUCACCUCCCCCUCUGCACUCGUGCGCGCCGUCCACCGCGCCGUCGUGGAAGUGCACACCCCCCUCCUCAACGGCCUCCCCGCGUCCGCCUUCAGCACGCCCUACACGGGCCCCGAGCAGCUGACCCCCAGCGUCCGCAUCCAGGUGUCCGCCCGCGGCGACGCCGUGUUCGACUUCCGCUCGCCGGAGGUCGAGCAGGGCAUCCUCUCUGCCCAGGGACAGGACGGCGAGAUCAGGGCGUACAGCGAGGAGGAGGUGUAUCCCGCGGAGCAGCAGCAGCAGCAGCAGCCAGAGGAGUGGGUGGCGGAGGGGCUGGAGAGGAGGGGGUGGGCGGCGCUGAGAGUGAAGGAGGAGGUGCGGUUUGCGCUGGUGAAGAGGGUGGCGCAGCUUACGGGGGUGAGGGUGCUGGAUGCGGAUGUGAGCGCGGUGAAGACGGUGGCGGAGUUGCUUGAGCAUCUUGAGACAAAGCCGAAGCCGAAGAAGCUCUUUGAGAUCAUCGCCGAGACGCCCCUGCCAGAGCUCCCGAACGUGAAGGUCUAUGAGACGAGGGUGAGGCCGUGGGAUAAGGAGAGGAUGAUUGGUAGGGAGAGGCCGUUCGAGAAGGUGGUGGAGUUCAAGUACCCCUUUGAGGCGCGUGAUAGGAAGUAA